GUGCUUUGUAUGUAUAUUAAAGUUAGAGUGAGCUCCCCUACAUCGUGACGUCAUAAUAAACAAUCUACACACACGGUAGACCUUCCCCAGAAGCAUCCAGACGGAUUUGUGACCCAGCGAAAGAACCAAGAUGCCAACCUUUCCACAGUACCUGAGUCCAGAGAAGGAGGAGGAGCUCCGAAACAUUGCCAAUGCCAUAGUAGCUCCUGGCAAGGGGAUCUUAGCUGCUGAUGAGUCUACAGGUUCAGUGGGAAAGAGGUUUGCCCCUAUCAAUGUGGAAAACACGGAAGAGAAUCGUCGCAGAUACAGAGAACUGUUGUUCACCACAGACAAUGCCAUCUCUGAAAACAUCAGCGGCGUGAUCAUGUUCCACGAGACUUUCUACCAGAAGACAGCAGCGGGCGUACCCUUCACAAAGGUUCUCCAAGAUAAAAACAUCAUUCCAGGCAUCAAAGUAGAUAAGGGUGUUGUCCCACUGAUGGGCACAGACAACGAAUGUACCACACAGGGUCUGGAUGGCUUGAGUGAGAGGUGUGCCCAAUACAAAAAAGAUGGCGCACAGUUUGCCAAAUGGAGGUGUGUGUUAAAGAUCCAGAAGGAGACACCGUCGUAUCAGGCCAUGCUCGAGAAUGCCAACGUCCUUGCCCGCUAUGCCAGUAUCUGUCAGCAGAACGGCCUGGUACCCAUUGUUGAACCAGAGGUCCUCCCUGAUGGUGAGCACGAUCUUGACACUGCAGAAAAGGCUACAGAACAGGUACUUGCAUUUACCUACAAGGCCUUGGCCGAUCAUCAUGUUUUCCUAGAGGGCACACUCCUCAAACCUAACAUGAUCACAGCUGGUAUGUCAUGCAGUAAGAAGGGAACUCCAGCCGAAAACGCUCGUGCAACAGUUCUUUGCCUCAGCAGGACUGUCCCCCCAGCAGUCGCAGGUGUGACGUUCCUCUCUGGCGGUCAGUCAGAGGAAGAUGCAUCCAUCAACCUCAACGCCAUAAACACAGAUUCUGGCCGCAAACCCUGGCCGCUGACUUUCUCAUUCGGCCGUGCUCUACAAGCUAGUGUGUUGAAGAUCUGGCAGGGCAAAGAUGAAAAUGUGGCUGCAGGACAAAAGCAGCUCAUCACGAGGGCUAAGGCUAAUGGUUUGGCAGCAUUGGGCAAGUACCAAGGAAACAUGGAAAGUGCUGCAGCUGCCGACUCUUUGUUUGUGGCACAACAUGCAUACUAGACACCAAACACCCCCGCUUACCUCCCCUUGUUUACACCGUUGGUGUAUCCGUACACUGAACAAAGACAGUUACACAUGUAACACAUUUAUAUUUUAAUGAACAAUAUUGUUAGAAACAUCCAUGUGUGUGUUGAUGAAGAGAUUAUGUUACUUCGAAAGUCGUAACCCGUGACAGCGUGAUGGAUAUUAUACCGUAUUUUUUAGACAUUUUUAGAUACGAUGUACUUUAAAAAUCUCAGUUCUAGGCAUAAUAUAUACCGUUUACCAUGUAUUAAAAAUUUGUGCACAUUUUUUUUGUCACAUAUUUGUAUUGUUACUGUCAGCAUUUGUUUUAAUGUUAUUUAUUUGCUUUAAUAGAACAGAUUAUGCCUCUCAAGAAUGAUAUGAUGCUAUAAUUUCUGUGAUCCCUCUCCACAAUUGAUUAAAACUAUAUUAUGCCCGUAA